AUGUAUAGUGGAACGCCGAUCAAUGUUUUACGAACUAAGUAUCGGUUAGCUGAAGAGCAGCGCAAUAAAAAUUGUGAAGCAAUGGAAGGCGAUGAAUAUAAGUGCGCUUCUGCUGCAGGUAAUUCUAUAUUUUGUAAGCAAGAUUUUGAAAAACAACCGAAAUCAUCUAUCACUCGACUGCUGAAUGAUACCGCUAAGGGUUUGAAGCAUGUGUAUCAGCUUUCACAUCCAUCACAGGAAGACCUUACGUACGAUCUCUUCAAAUGCUCCAAAAAACCCGAAGAAGCUUCUUUGGGAAAACUACUUUCUGUAUUGCGAUCAUUCGGCAUCCGUGAAGAUGAUCCACGGCUGAAGCAUACAAUAGAAAAGAUGCAUGAAUAUGAACUGCAAAUCGAGGAUGAUUGUGAUACUAGACACUGCUUGUUAAAUAAAAAACAGUUCAAGGAAUGUAUUCGGCCAAGCAUCAAUUUAAUUGCCCAAACGCUUCGCAACGAUUUGAUUAUUCCAUGUUGGGGCGAAUUUACUGCCAAGAUCAAAGAAAUUUUUGAUGAAUGUGCGAAUAUUCAUGAAGGCAAAGUAGCAAAUUAUAUUCCUCAAUUAGCCAGAGUAGAUCCGAAGAAAUGGGGUCUUUCGAUAUGUACAAUUGAUGGACAGCGUGUCAGUUACGGUGACGCUCGUGUACCGUUUUGUUUUCAGUCCAUAUCAAAAGCCUUCAAUUAUGCAAUAGUAGCGUCUGAUUUGGGAGCAGAUUUUGUUCACAACUAUGUUGGCCAUGAACCAUCUGGGCGAUUAUUCAAUGAAAUAUGUCUGGAUUGCAAUGGUAAACCACAUAAUCCUCUCAUAAAUGCUGGAGCAAUUAUUGUUACAUCAUUGCUGAAAAUGGGACAUAAAAUGGCUGAUCGUUAUGAUUUUGUGCUAACCCAAUACAGAAAACUUGCAGGAGGUGGAUAUAUAGGCUUUAAUAAUGCGACCUUUUUGUCGGAACGUGAUACUGCAGACCGUAAUUACGCGCUUUCUUAUUACAUGAAAGAAAAUAAUUGCUUCCCUGGUUCCAUAUCGCUCCGGGAUGAACUGGAUUUCUAUUUUCAGUUGUGUUCAUUGGAAACAACGUGUGAAAGUGCUGCGGUAAUGGCAGCUACUUUAGCUAAUGGAGGUGUUUGUCCUCUUACCAACGAAAUAUGCAUUAGUGCUCGGCCGUGUCGAGAUGUUCUUUCACUGAUGUAUUCAUGUGGGAUGUACGACUACAGCGGCCAGUUUGCGUUUCAAGUUGGCUUACCUGCAAAAUCUGGUGUCUCUGGAGCGAUGGUCGUUGUGGUACCAAAUUUGAUGGGAAUUUGCAUCUGGUCGCCACCUUUGGAUAAAAUGGGUAACAGUGUGCGUGGUGUAAGCUUCUGUAAGAAAAUGAUUGAAACUUUUAAUUUUCACAACUAUGACAGUUUGCUGCAUGCAGAUACCAAGAAAAUUGAUCCUCGAAAACGCAACAUUGAUGAUGUUCGAAGAAUGUUUUUGGGUGGUAUUGAUUUGAAUAUGUCAGACUAUGAUGGUCGCACGCCGUUGCAUUUAGCUGCUUCAGAAGGACAGUCUUUGAUGGUGGAUUUCUUUCUCGACAUUGCUCAUGUUAAUCCACUUGUGAGGGAUAGGUGGAAUAGGACUGCCUAUGAUGAUGCUUUAUCAUUUGGAUUUACCAAAAUUGCGGAAAAAAUCAAAUCAUAUAUGGAUAAAAUAUCUGGUGGAUUUGUGCCAAUAACAAUUCCUCCAGAAAAAGCUCGACAGCUGUUGCCCGAAAACGGUGAUGUUUUAAUUAAUCUGCCAGAAGAAGCAGAUGAAUGGGAAAAAGAAUUGCGAAUUGUGGUUGACCGUUUAUCUUAUUUCGAUCAUUCAAAUGAUUGUGGAAGCAGUCCCGGCAUUGCUGAGAACGGCGAUGGAGCAUUUGAUAUUUUGGAAAAGUCAUCUGAAGGGAACAAUGGACCUAGUGCUUUGGAUGCAGAAAGCAUAACAGACGGGGCUGGUGGUCAGAUUGACCUUAAUAUGAAGAUUUCAAGUUGA